UCACAUGAGCGCUGUUGUGGUCACGUGAUUCAGUGGCGAGCAUAACGCGCGUGACAGAUCCUCUGGACCAUCAGUGUUUAGUGUUUGUGAGAUAAUAAAACUCAAUCAUGAUUCUGGCGUUAAUCGCGUUAUGUUGCGCGUCUGCAAGCGUUGGCAGCGGCGCGUCGUCGGUGCCGCCUCAUGAGGACGUGGCUCGGAUGGCCCGGUUCGUGGUGAAUAAAUGUGAUUGGGCUUCAAUGGCGACGAUCUCGACUCACGAGCCGGUGAAAGGACAGCCGUUCUCUAACAGCUUCUCGAUCAGUGACGGACCCGCCGGUAACGGGACCGGAACUCCGUACCUGUACCUCACACAUCUGGAGAUCUCCGUACAGGACCUACAGGUGAAUCCUCAAGCAUCUCUCUCAGUGUCUUUAGCUCAGACGAGUUACUGUAAGAAUCACGGCUUUGAUCCUCAGAGUCCACUGUGUGCUCACAUCAUUCUGUCCGGCUCCGUCCUUCAGGUGGAUGAUGGAGAAGUGUCUGUGGCUAAAGAUUCGCUCUUCAGCAGACAUCCAGAGAUGAUGGACUGGCCCACUGACCACAGCUGGUUCUUUGCUAAGAUGAACAUCAGUCAGGUGUGGGUGCUCGAUUACUUUGGUGGGGUAAAAACUGUGACACCAGAGCAAUACUACAAAGCUACACCGUACAGAAAAUACCACGGAAAUGACACACAUAAUGUCGAUGAACCGCACGGGUCCACAGAUAAAAUUCUGUCCAGGAUUUCUGCUGAGCACCAUUAAGAGACUUUAUAUGAGUUUGUGUUGAUUUCUUUUUAAAUCAUUUAGUUUGUGAGUAAACUCUGUGUGAAGUGUAUUUGUCUUUAUAUAUUAGGCAAGUGUUGUUGUUUUUUUUAAUCUAUAGCAUUAAUGAACUUAAACUCUUGACAUCUGAGCAGGGUUUUUUUAAGCAUUUUGGAAAAUGCUUGAUUGUUUUUGCAGUUUGCACAUUUGAUUAUUACAAACUAGAAAUUUUAUGACUUAAAGAAAAUAUUUCAAGUUAUUUUUCUAAACACUGACAUAUUUUUGUAAAAAUCUGCUAAAAGGCUUUGUGUGCAUUGAAUGUGUGGAUGUGAAAUAAAUAUUUACUCUUUA